GGAGAAGUUUCCUCUCUAUGCCUAUCUCUGUGUAUUUAUCAAUAUCCGAAGAUCUAACUGGCAACAAUGCCGCUUAGUCUCGAAAGGCAGCUACUUUUCUAUGGUGCUUACCAUAAUAAUCCAGUUAAUGUUGGAAUUCACAUCAUUUUUGUGCCGAUAAUCUGGUUUACGUCUAUCAUCUUGGUAUCGAAUUACCCUCCUUUGUUUAGCCUCCCUGAUGCCAUUGAACUGCAGUACCUUCCAGCGAAUCUCGGAACGUUUGGCGCCCUGUUCUAUUCCGGCUUCUUCGUCCUCCUGGAGCCGGUUGCAGGUGGGCUUCUGGCACCCUUUCUUAUCAGUGGUGCGGCAUACGCGAACUAUCUAUUGAGCACGUAUGGGACAAUGGUUAACUACUGGGCUGGUGGUAUCCACGUCGUGGCAUGGCUGGUACAAUUUGUCGGGCAUGGGUUCUUUGAGGGUAGGGCCCCAGCAUUGCUUGACAACCUGGUGCAGGCGCUCCUGCUGGCUCCGCUGUUUGUCUGGAUGGAGAUCUUAUUCUUCUUCGGAUACCGUCCAGAGCUGAGAACCCGAUUCCACAAGAAUGUAGAGAAGGAGAUUGCCAAGUUCAAAGCAGAGAAAAGGAAAAGCCCGAAAUAGUCGCAUCUCGCAUGGAUUAAGGCCUAUGUGAGGAUUCUCUUCGUGUUUGGAUGGCCAGCCAGUGAUGCGGACUGUUACCACGCAAUCCUGCAAAAGCAAUUGCUAACGGCCAGUGAACGACUCGAAACGGGGUACUAGUGAAGUGUGUACCCCGGAGGUGUAGUUACCCACGUAAGCGCUCGCCGGCAUCAGACGCUUUCGCGGGUCAAUUACAAAUUUAUACUUUCUAUACCACCUACGGAUAGUUGUAAAGCUGCUCCUGAUAUUUUC